ACAAAUUUAAUUGUGCAAUACAAUUACUCUAGCUGCCAACUAUGUCUGACCAAGAGAGGGGCAGAGAUCAUGCACAUGAAACAACAUACUUGAAUAGGAAGGAUGAUGAUCUGAAGUCCUUGGAGCAGUGGGUGUUGGUCUCCAUCCUUGGGGAUAUGUCUCUUUGCUCUCUAGCCAAAAUAGCAAAGAGGAAAUACUAUGCCUUGCGGAAGACCUGGGACAGAAUAGGGAGGGGUUUGGUUCUAUCACCAGGUAAGAAAAAUGAGAGGGAAGGGAAGAGAAAGUUGAUUCUGAAAGAAAUCAAAGAUGGAGGGGUGCCUAAGGUUCGGCUUGACAACUCAGGCACUGCAAAGGCAAUGCAAGUGGAUGUUUUUGAUCCAUGCGUAGGUUAGAUAUUAAUUUGAGUCUAGACAGAGCAUUGUAGUGGUUGGAAACACCACAUUACCAAGUCUUCUAAUUUUCUGUGUUAAGAUUAGAUGGUAAAUUAGAUGUGAUUAUCAAUAGCGUAUAAAAAACUUUAAAAUAA